UGGAUUUCACCCUUGCUGAACUUAAAUCACUUGGGGUGAAGCAGAGGUUUUCAUUCGGAGAUCAACAAUACAAUGGUAUACUAACUAGUAUACUAACUAGAUUAUUAUGGGUUAUAGAUCUAGUUAUUAUGGGUUAUAGAUGUUUUCUUUUGUCACAUCUGUUAUACUUGAAAUGAUUUUGAUUAUGUUUACUAAGAAAGUUCUCAAUUAUCACAUUUGAAGAAUUUAUUGCCAUUGCACUUGAUGCCAAUAGAAUUGUUGGGAUCUACCCUGAGAUAAAGGAUCCAGUUUUCAUCAACCUACGGGUCAGUAUAUAUUAACUGUGUUAAGAAUUCACUACAUCAGGUACAUGGAUGAUGAUGUAGUGAAUUAGGGUGCUAAUAUUUUAUAAGUCAAACAAAUACCUAUUUACUUUUGAUGGUUUCACAAUGAUUUUCAUUGGCCAAUUUCAUAUCCUAUUUUUUGAGCAACCAGAUCCAGUUUAGUUUUUAAUCUCUGAUUACUGUAAUUGUUAGCCACUACAAAAUAUAAGAGAUUAGUAUUGCUAAGAUAUGAUCACUCAUAGAACUCAGUUAUAGGGUAAGAAGAUCUCUAUAGGACUGAUAUCAAAUAGUUGGAUCAAACAGUUUGUUGCAGUAUAGGCUUGUACUAUUUUUUUUAGUGUAAUUUUAAAUUUAAUUUUUAUGACAAGUUUUAUUUCUUUCAUAUUGUGCACGGGCAGACUCAUAAUGGAGAAGUUGCCUCACUUGUAUCAUUAAUCUACAUGUGCUGUACACAAUGAGUGUGUUUUUAUUUUUGAUCAUAUGUUAUUUAGAACUCAUGCUGAUAUGCUUACCUUUGGUUGAUGUUCUUUCAGUGUCCAAGUGGGCACACUUUGUGCUUUUCCUGCAAAAACAAAGUAAACAAGUGCCCAAUCUGCCGAAAGGAAAUUGGCCAAAUCCGUUGUUUAGCACUGGAAAAACUUGCUGCUUCAUUCCAUUUACCUAGUUCAUACCAUCAUCUUGGUUGCAUAGAAAUGAUGCCCGAUUACAGCAAGUUGCAGCACAAAACACAUUGUGUUUACCAGCCUUACGCAUGCCCUCAUCCUGGUUCAGAUUGUCCCUUCACCGGAGACAUUCAUGAACUUAUGUCACAUCUGAAACAAUGCCACAAAUUGGACCUUCAAGCAGGAAGCACUUUCAAUCACCGUUAUGUGAAACAGGAUCCUCAUUCUGUUGACAAUUGCUCAUGGACUCUACUCUAUUCAACUGCUUCGACUGCUACUUCUGCCUUCAUUACGAAGCGUUUGUGAUCGGUUGUGAGCCAGUUUAUAUGGCCUUCAUCUGUUUCAUGGGCGAAGAGUUUGAGGCAAGGAAGUUCAAUUAUUGCCUUGAAAUUGGAGGCCAUGGGCGCAAGACGAAAUGGCAAGGUGUGCCUCAAAGCAUCAGGACUCACCACAGGAUGGUGCGAGACAGCUACGAUGGGCUCAUAGCCCUAAACUUUGCUUCUCAAAAAUCAGAUGUUUUUGCUCUCGAGCAGAUUUUACUACUGGAAGCCUCAAUGGCACUCUAAUUCCAGACAUUUCAUCCCUACUACUUGUAUAUAUUACUCAAUAAAUCUUGAAACUCAUAGGAGACAGGCACAAACCCCAAACCCAUAAAAAUAGGAUGGUUUUGCUAUCUCGCAGAUUUUGCUCCUGGAAGCCUCAAUGGCACUGUUAUUCCAGAUCUCAAAUCACUGUACAUCUAGUCGGUAAUAAGCAACUGAACAAUGAUGUAUAUAUGCAUUUUGUUAUUAAGUAUAUUAGAAAACUGCUUGA